AUGUGGCCAAUACUGCUUCUCUUUGCUUUAGGCACUUCAGCCCUACAAACAGGGACUUGUGACUAUAGCAAGAACAACUGGUACCAUGGCGAAACAUCUUGCAUCAACCCCGAUCAAACAGCUUCGGUCGACUUCACCUGGCCUCCACUGUUCCCCAAAGGCGCCAAGUUUGUCUACGCAGUUGACGGGAUAAAUGGGACCGAUAUUUCCGACAUUCAACCUCUGAUGGACCCUAACAAGGUCAAAGACCGGAAGGCGACCUUGGUGGGAUGGUGGCUUGAAUACGACUCAAUAUCACUCAACAAUACCGACCUCCUCAUGCUGACCGAGAUGAAUGUCUUCUUUACCAACACCACAAACAAGAUCGGAGGGGGAUACAAUGGAUGCGAAGGUCUUCUUGGAUCAAAGUGUCUUGAUAAGAUUAACAGUACCCUUCGCGAGCUGUGGGAUAAUGAUCAGCAAUUUGGAGCACCCUUGCUGAAUCUGAACGAUGAAGCAGAUUCUAUUCUUGAGGCUUGCCCGAAGGACUUUUUUUCGACCUGGGAGAAGCUGCAACCUCGAAUUGACACACUCAAUCAAAACACGGACUUUAACACAAUGCUUCUCGCAUCCGAAGCACCGCCAAAAGCCAGCCCUUUUGACCAACACAGCACCGAUGCUGCCUUGCCUUCUGGGAACAAGUCAUUCACCUAUUCGAGAACCAUGUACGACAAGAGGGAGCUUUCCUUCCAGGAACGAAAGGCGGCUGUGGCAAUAUUGAUGCGUUAUCCGGCACGAGAUAGUGAGACGAACGAUGCACUGCGUAAUACGACAACCGACGACAUUACUAUCGAGUUUGUCUGCACCAAGCUGAAGGAGUCGAACUUCGACGGCGAUGAUAAAGACGACGGAGAGACCAGUAGCAAUGAUUCUGACGACGAAGAUGCUGCUGGUAGUGUCCGUGUACCGGGGGUUAUUUUUUCAGCCAUGAUUCUCGGCGUGUUGCUAUGGCAGAUGGAGUGGGAGUUCUACAACAAUCGGCAUUUUAUCAAUACUAUCCCAGUCUUCUUAAAACAGUCUGGCCAUGGUCGCGAGCUCUUCCAUGUGGGGUUUCCUGACCCGGCCCUUGAUGGGUUAACUGAGCCCGAAGAUCGAAAGACUGUUAUGCAAUCCAGUCAGGGAGGCUUCAUCGCUAUGGGUGACGCACAUGAAAAGGAUGAUCUUACUGAGCUUGCCCGAAUAUUAUCGGUCCAGCACCCCGAAUAUUGA